AUGCCAAUUGACACCAGCUUCCACGUUUCUGCGGAUUUUACCCAGGAAGCGGUUAGUCACUCUCAAAUGACAUGUUUCCAUCUUAAAACCAACAUUUUUCAGGUUCAAUUUGUUGCUCUGGAGGAUACUGGAGUUGUUCUGAGUCACAGCCGUCGCGAGUACGUGGCAAUCGGAAAGAAGAACAGAGCGGUCAAUGUGGUAAGCCACUAUCCUACUAAAUUUCAGCAGGUUUACUCAAUAACAUGUUGUUUCAGGUCGACUUUGUUGACUCCCCCGAGGUCGGAGUUCUUGAGAACACCUUCACCAUGGAGUGGCAAAGCGUUGGAAACACCGUCCAGGUCCACUUCACCGGUCAGUUACACCCUGAAUCUCGUAGAAAUCCUUAAUAAUUGUGUUCAGGAACCGGAGGAUCCCUUGUCGGACAACAGGGAAACCCGGGAGUGCUUCUUAUCGAUGACGAGAUGAUCAAAGUCAACGUAAGAAUUGAGAGGAAUCUCGACUCUAUAACGGUUUUGAAUUUCAGCUCCUCAUGAAGAGAACCGACGGAUCCUUCUACUUGGAGGCUAGCGACGACUUCCUCAUGGUGGUGGCCAAGUCCACCCCAAGCGGAAACCCAGAUGUUGACACCGUUCAGGCUUCCCAGUGAGUUUCGAACCUGACUAGAUUUAGCUGUUUGGCUUUCAAAACAAACACUUUUUCCAGAUUCCCGGGAAGCGGAACCAAACUCCCAAUCGGCUACUGGCACUCGGUCCCAUUCCCAAUUCCGGGAGCCGGAAAGCUCACCCUGCUCGAGAUGGUCGCCAAGACGGACAAGAACGCCGUGAUCAACGUGGCCGAGACCACCGGAGUCCCACUCCGCAUCCCAAUCAAGACUGUUGUGGCUGACGAUUGA